AUGGCCAGGGCAGGGAUCCGUGUGAGCAUCGCAGUUGCAGCAGUCUACGUACUGCCGAUUAAAGUGCAUCAAUAUGAGCAUGUGAACAUUUUCCUUACCAGUCUACUGAUGGAGGACAUCACCGGGACCCACCGGUUUGAUACGGCACAACCGAAUGUUGAGGAGGAGGAUAAGACUGCGACUGAAGAAGCAGCCCGAAUCAACCUAACGCAUAGAAUAAUAAUGACUAACCUCUUCGCUCGUGGUGAUUUCAUGCGAAAACAAUUCGACGAAUUGGAUCGUGACGGUGAUGGCUUCAUCACAGAAGCCGAUUUAAGAGCCUGUACAAAAGGACACCCAUUUAAUGCAUGUGCUAUCGAUGAGUAUCGUAAUGGACUUCUCGCCUACCUCUUUCAAAAUCUUCGAAACGAAGACAUGGCUCGGUCUCUCUUCCAGUUUCUCGAUACAGACAAGUCCGGUUCUGUGAGCGUAAAGGAGAUGUACAACUUCUUUGAAAGUUGCAUUGGAACCCUGCCGAGAGAGUACGUGGAGGGUUUUCUCAACGGAUUGGACUCUAACAAAGAUGGAGAGAUCAGUGAACCGGAGUUUUUGACCUUUGUAAAGGAAAAUUGGUCAAGAAGAUGCAGCCAUUGUUCCACAUCACAACAUCAGUUUAUACCAUCAGAUAUGCGAUAA